UUCCCCAUCAAGUGACCGGAUGUAAGAAAGAGAAACAAAAAGUCCUGAUAGCCUUUCCUGUUGGAUCCUAAGUCGUCAGAGGGGCCCAGCCCUGGGCAUGUGACUCGGACACUGUGGUCUCAGUUCAGCCAUCCCAGCCCUGCAGCCGUGCUGGACAAACCCAAGACAGGUGUCUUGCGGCAACGAGGUCGUAUCAGGAGCCACAAGAAGCCUCACAGCUGCUCAGUGCUUCUGGCCAAAGCCUUCCUCUGAAGAAGCCCUGCUUGAGCCGAAUACAGAGGGAGCCAAGGGGGACGUGAUGCUGCCUGUGAGCCGUGUGCUGGCCUUCGGCGCUUGGCUGGUGGCACAGAGCGAGGCUACACCGAGUGCCCCCACAAUCUCCAUCUUCCUGAAGCCACCUGGGGUGAUCCCACCAGGAGGAUCCAGCACCAUCUGCUGCAUUUGCCAGUGCAGCUAUGGGAGCCUCGUGCUGUACAAGGGCAGCCUCCGGCUCCAUGCCCUGGAGCACAGCGGCAGCAGGGCUGAGUUCUCCAUCUCUAAUGCCACCUUCGAGGACAGGGGCACCUACCACUGCCACUACCUGGAGGGAGGCACCGUGCUGGCCCGAAGUGAUGAGCUGGAAGUCUCUGUGGAAGAGCUCCAUCUCCCCAGACCUGCCCUCUCUGUCCUGCCUGGGCACGAGGUGCUUGCGGGAGUUGACGUGAUGUUCCGCUGCACCACCACACCCCCCAGCACUGGCUGUUACCUGUACCUGGAGGGCCAGAUCCGAGCCCAGCUCUUCUCGAGGGAACAAGGUGACUACAACCUCUCCCACGUGCAGAAAGGCGCCAGUGGCCGCUACAGCUGCCAGUGCUACAACAUGAGUACUUCAAUAGAAUGGUCUGCUGUCAGCAACACCCUGGACUUGGUGGUGAGAGUGGCAGCCCCUUCUGUCCCCGCAGAUUACACGCUGUGCAACGCCGUGCGCCUGGCGCUGGCGGCCGGGCUGCUGCUGCUGCUGGGGCUCAUCGCGGCGGAGGCAGCGCUCUGCUGGGGCUGGAGGAGCCGAGCGCGGCCGCGGCACCGCUGCGAUAAAUAAACGGUGAAUA